AUGCUUGCCUUUAGACAGCUCUUAUCGACCAUCUCAGUCGCUCUGCUUGUUCUGCAUGCGCAGCAGGCUUCACAUGGCACAGUUUUCGCUCUUGCUCGUCCUGUUACAGGCAAUGGUGUCAGCCCCGCCAUUGGGAGCCUUGCUGCUCAGCAUCAGGGCGCAGGUGCAAAUAAAGACAACGAUGCAACUGUCCAUCCCGAAGCUGUGCCUAAGGCUCUCCAAUCGCUUGCCAAUGGCAUCCAGACGCAGCAGGACGGUCAGAGCCCAGCCCUUGUCAUGACUACCUCACACGGAGAGGGAGGACCCAUCAAGAUCAACGACGCUCAAGACUCUAAGGGUACUGACAACAAGAAGCCGAACUCUCCCAAAAAAAAAGUCCCCCCCAUCGCCAAGAACGCCAACAAUAAUAAAGACACGGACAAGAAAGACAAAGAGCAGAAGAAGACAUCCACCAACGAGUCGUCCAAAGCAGCUUGGACCCUUCUUCAGAAACCCCGUACACGCUUCUGCGCUCAGCCCGCCAACACGAAUCACACCGCCGAUGACAUUGCACAACAGCUCGUCAAUGCUGAACGAAAACGUCUUGCUGCCAUCCGUUUGCAACGUACAUCCGCUAUGGGAGGUGCUACUGAACCACGACGCCUCACCGACACCAGAAUCCUAGCCGAGGAGAGCAAAACAGUUGAAGUUGUCUGGCAUGUUAUUCAUGCAGGUCGUGCAGGCAACCUGUCCGACGCCAUGAUCGCAGACCAAAUUCAGACCCUGAACGAAGACUACAAGUCAUACGGAUUCCAGUUCAACCUCAGCAACACUAAUCGCGUCGAUAACGCUAGUUGGUUCCGCAAUAUCAAUCCUGACGGUAAUCUUCAGACCCAAAUGAAGCGCUCGCUUCGAAAGGGUGGUGAGGGUACACUCAAUCUGUACAGCGUUGACUUUAGUAGCGAUCUACUGGGAUAUGCAUCGUUCCCAUGGGAUGUACAGGAUAAUCUGGUGAACGAUGGAGUGGUUUUCCACUACAACACUGUGCAGGGUGGUAGUGAGACAGCGUAUAAUCUGGGUAAGACGGCAGCGCACGAGGUGGGACACUGGUUGGGGCUGUAUCAUGUGUUCCAGGGUGGAUGCGCUUCUCCUGGAGACUUUGUGGAAGAUACGCCUCCACAGAGUGAGGCUACUAGCGGGUGUCCGACUAAUCAGGAUAGCUGUCCGGGUGGUGGUCUUGAUUCCAUUCACAACUACUCGAGUGACGCCUGCCUCACCGAGUUCACGGAAGGUCAAGCCGUUCGUAUGGCUGCUCUUACUGGAAAAUUCCGCAAGAUCUAA